UAAUUGAGACCCUGAGGGCAGCUGAAGUAGCAGUGUUCAAGGAUUCUUUUCGGUAAACCUUGUCCCCAGCUCCUUGUUCCAGGUUCCCUGGCCGGCGUGGCAUUUCAGCCUUUCUCCUUCUCACUCCUCCUACCUGAACUCUCUUGUCCCAAGCUACCCUCCUGGUUUGAUCAUCUUCGUGGUCCUCCAAAGCACCACUGACCCUGGAGCGGCCCGUGUGCGACCUCGGUAAUCUUGAAGUUGAAGUUUGCCGCUAAAGAUGGCGGACCCAGACGUCCUCACUGAGGUUCCUGCAGCACUGAAGAGGUUAGCCAAGUAUGUGAUCCGGGGUUUUUAUGGCAUUGAGCACGCCUUGGCCUUGGACAUCUUGAUUCGGAACCCCUGUGUGAAAGAGGAAGAUAUGCUGGAACUGCUCAAGUUUGAUCGGAAGCAACUUCGCUCAGUUUUGAAUAAUUUAAAGGGAGACAAAUUCAUCAAAUGCAGAAUGAGGGUAGAGACUGCUGCGGAUGGGAAGACCACUCGCCAUAACUACUACUUUAUCAAUUAUCGCACUCUCGUUAAUGUGGUAAAAUAUAAGUUGGACCACAUGAGAAGGAGGAUCGAAACUGAUGAGAGAGAUUCUACCAACCGGGCUUCCUUCAAAUGUCCCUGCUGUAGUAGUACUUUCACAGACUUAGAAGCUAAUCAGCUUUAUGAUCCCAUGACAGACACUUUCCGCUGUACUUUUUGUCAGACAGAGGUAGAAGAGGAUGAAUCAGCAAUGCCCAAAAAGGAUGCACGCACACUUUUGGCAAGGUUUAAUGAACAAAUUGAGCCUAUUUAUGCACUGCUUCGGGAAACAGAGGAUGUGAACUUGGCUUAUGAAAUACUUGAACCAGAGCCCACAGAAAUCCCAGCCUUGAAGCAAAGCAAAGACCGAGCAGCAGCUACAGCUGGAGCUGCUGGCGCAGCUGGGUACCACCGAGAAGCAUGGGCCACCAAAGGCCCCUCCUAUGAAGACUUAUACACUCAGAAUGUUGUCAUUAACAUGGAUGACCAAGAAGAUAUUCAUCGAGCCACCCUGGAAGGGAAAUCUGCUAAAGAGAGACCCAUUUGGUUGAGAGAGAGCACUGUCCAAGGAGCAUACAGUUCUGAAGACAGGAACGACGGUGGCAUAGACAUCGACGCGUUUCAGGAUCGUGCAGACGGCCGCUUGGGGCCAGAUGAUAAUGAAGAAGUCAUGCGCGCGCUGCUCAUUCACGAGAAGAAGACCCCCUCCGCCGCGGCUGGGUCCGUGGGGGCGGCUGCUCCUGUGACCACCGCCAACGGAAGCGACUCGGAGAGCGAGACCAGUGAGUCCGAGGACGAGUCUCCGGCACGACCGGCCGCGGUGGCCGUGCACUGCAGGGACGAGGAUGACGAGGACGAUGAGUUUGAAGAGGUGGCAGAUGACCCCACUGUCACAGUGGCUGGCCGGCCAUUCUCGUACAGUGAAGUGAGCCAACGGCCAGAGCUGGUGGCCCAGAUGACGCCCGAGGAGAAGGAAGCCUACAUAGCCAUGGGACAGCGCAUGUUUGAAGACCUGUUUGAGUGAGCUUUUCUGGCCCCGCCCUCCUUUCUCUAAUGCGCUUUUCAAAAAGAAAUUCCCCACCAGGAAGGGAAAUGUUAACGUGGCUUCUUCUCUUCUUGAUGUAAAGUAAAUGUCCCCUGACCUUGUGCAAAAAUAAUAAAGGCAGAGAAAGUUUUUUUUAAUACCAGACAUUCCCCAAGAUACGCUGACUUGACAAAGCACACCUUCCUUGGUUUCUCUGGUGUGCUGUUUCCUGUGUUUUUAUACCUGAUGGUUUUCCUUUGCUUGUGUGAUGUGUUGCCCUUUCUGAGACUCAUAGAGGGAAGUCACUAUGGUGAAUUAUUCCUGUCUGCAGAAGUCUCCAAUAGGUUACAGUCAAUGUGUGUUUUGUUUGUAAUCUUUUUUAUUGGUUUUACCAAGCAUUCCUGCUAUUGAUGCCUAUCCAAGCAGCUUGCCAAUGGGCAAAUCUUUGAUAAGGGGAAAAUAGCACUUCAUAGUCCUCCAUAAUCGACAAUGGAGCCAGUAUGCCUGGGGUGUUGGGGGAGGGGGGCGGAAAUAUGUGCAGAGAGGGGUGGGUGUGCCUGAAUGUCAAGUAUAUCAAACCAGAAGUUUUUGUCUUUAGAACUGAUCCCAGCAGUAGAGUCUAGUGUUUCCCUUAAUGCCUUGGUUUGGUGUAGGGUGAUAGCAAACAAAGUGUGCUCAUGAGGAAAUUGGGAAAAACACUUGGAUUUCAGCCCAAAGGAGUCCAUGGAAAGGGGUGAAGCAAGGAGAGACUUGGGAAUGAUGCCUUUGGAGUUGCCCGAGAGUGUGAUGGGAAUCCCUUAUAUACAGCUGAGAUUGGACUCCCCCGGGCCCCCUUCUUCUACAGAACUCUUGCCAGUACUGUAACUCGUUUAAUGAAGCUGUUCUAGAAAUUGACAUAGAAUAAUUGGGUACUCCCCUUUUUCUCUCUCUCUCUCUAAGCAUCAUUGGAAGCUUUCGCAAGGUCUCUCUUUAGAUGCUCAUCAGACGCUAAGAACACAUCCAGUGUAUUGUUGAGCAUUGUAACUUCAAGGAACGUAGUUUAUUUGGGGGGUUCUGAUAAUGUAGUAUGGUGUUAGUCCCUAAGGUAGGACUUACACCUUUCUAUAACAAUUGUAUUUUUUUUUAACAAUUGUAUUUCUUGUAAUAUUUGCCCUUGAAUUGUAAUUUUUAAGUAUUUAUCAUUUUAUAGUACAAGUGUGACGUUAACAUAACAUUUUAGAAUAACUGAGCCUUGUAUGAAUUGCUGUUUUGUUUACCUGGGCUGUAUUAAUGACUGAAUAUUGACAAUAAGCCUAUUUUAUGCUAAUUGAAAUUUGUUCAUUUCUAAGCUCGGUUACAUCUUGAAGCACAAUUAAAAUGAAUACUUUUCCCAUU